AUAGAUUUCAAAUGAAUCAACUAUUUCUCAAAGAACUAUUCUUGUGUCGUGUGUUAUCAAAGUCAAUCCUCACCCAAUGUUAAUGGAAGGAAGUAGCCAUUAUAUCGGUUUUGGUGUCCAAGCGGGACCAAUAUUUUUAGUAGCAAAGAAUAAAUCUGUUAUAAUUCAGGCAAAUGCGGAACGAGAUUUGUAUUUGAUGAUGGAAAAACCUGCAAAUAGAUCCUCUUGGUUAUUUAGUGGUGACAAUGUGAAUAUAACAUACAAAAUUGGUUAUACAACAAAUUCAAUAGUUGCAGACAAUCUUUUAGCAAUUUUUUCAACGAAAUAUUUUCUUCUUACAAAUGUAUAUCAAUCUGGUGUUAUUCCACCGUUUGGUUCAAUCAAUGCAACAGCGUACAAAGUUGAUCUAGGCACCACACUAAAACAAGGUGAUGCAUUUCAAGGUGAAUUAGAGUUGACAUUAAAAAGUAACAUCAGCCCGCUUCUUAAACUUUCAACUACAAUGACUUUAUUUUACGAUAACAACAAAACCGCCCAAGAUCCGAUAGUUACUACAGCCGACUUAUUUACCUCUGGCACACCCGUGGUUACGUAUGAGAUGAAAGAUCAAUCAAACAUAACUUCUGGAAUGAAAAGGACAUUGUUUAUCACAAUUUUACUCAUUAAAAUGAGCUCACCAAUAAAAGUAGAGCUCGUGACUUCUGUAGCCAACCGUCUUCCAGUGAUGCAUAUCCUGUCUUUUGAUGUUGUACACGUAGGAAAAAACAUCAAAGGACUGAACAAUUCUGCAACUGCGACCUUUUUUACCACAACAAACGAUACAUCAUCAAGAGAUCAAGCUGCUCUCAAUUUGGGAAUUGGAGUAAACGAGUCUCCCUCAACAGCCAAUUCAACGCAUAACCAAAUCCAGCUUAGUUGUGAAGUAAUUGCGGUUGAAAACAGAAAUAUGACAAAUAGUUCUUCAUAUUCAAUCGCAUCAGGUCUCAUUGCUGAACCAAGAUUGAUGUGGGUUGGCCGGUUUUUAAUAAACUCUUACAUAUCAAGUGACAGGCGUCCAAAGUUGUUUCUUAAGUAUGAUUUUACAGAGAAUGGAGAUACAUAUACGUUCAAUGUGUUUAUCAAUCAUACUGAACAUUCCGAUCAGGUUGCGUAUAAUGUUACAUUGGAAUAUUACCUUCCACCAUACUUGGAGUUUGUAAACUGGACUGGUGAUAAUUCUGUGCAGAAACAAGCAAAAGACACACGUUUUCUGGUAAAGAAACUUUUUUUCACCUCGGAGAUUUCAAACUCAAUUACCGCAAUAUUGAGAAAGAAGAAAUCUCCUCAAACUGGCGAGGUGGAUUUUGUCGUGCCUAUUCGAUUGCAAUAUACUGAUGUUGAAAACACGAAAAAAUGGCGGUACUGGAAAUCUGUGAAGCUUUCAGUUGAAGUACCGGAAAGUCCACCGAUCAUUGGAAGAUCAGUAAAAGCAAAACCUAAUUUCUAUGGAAGAGGCUUUUACAUUGAUAAUACAUCUGGGUUUGUCUAUGUCUGCAUGAGUCAGCAUGUAACAAGUCAAAUACCAGCAUGUUACUUCACAGAUGAUGAUGGUGCAGGAUGGAUACGGUUGGACAGCAGAAUCGGGUGUGUGCUGGGACAUGAUAAUAGUCGUGUUUUGUAUGCAAUAGCGCGCAAUCAGAUCACGUAUAUGAAACAUAACAGCACAGAAGAUGAGUGGUACCCAGUAACUGACAACGCUUUUCCAAUGAAUAAUUUUCAAUUCAAAAAUGUUGAAAAUGCAGAAGGGAUUAAGGCAAGGCAUUUGCCACCUGCCCAGUACACUGAACAACUGAUCUCUGGAAAACAGUGGACCGGUACAGACCAUGGUCUGUUUUACCGCCGAACAAGUGGACACGAUUGGGUGCUGCGAGCAAGAUGGAGAUUGUAGAACUGUGUGCUUAAUAAAAUGAAUUACGAGUGAUCACUAUUUUAAGUUUUUUGCUUAUCCGCGUGUUUAUAGGGACAUUCCAAAACAUUCACCUCACGAUAUACAUGCAAAAAUUGUUAUAAAUUUACGUCACUUUUUUUGUAAAUACCACUGUAGUGUUUUUUUUACAGUUAUAUAUGUAAUUUUUAUUUAAAAGGGAUGCGUAAAAAUAGCUUUGUAUUUGUUUUGUUUAAGUAUAUAUGUUUUUUAUGUAUGUAAUUAUGCAUAUAAAUUGAUUUUUGUGAGAGAUUA